AAUGGGUACAGCAUGUUCCUCUGAUAAAUUUAAGAUUUCCCCAACUGCAUCUACUUGUGAACUGUUAAAUUGUGAACACCCUCUCAUUUUAGUGGCUCAUCAAUGCAAUUAAAACAUUGAUCUUAUAGGAGAAUUAGAAGCUGCACCAAUUAUUGUAUAAUAAUAUGGCAAGAAACUUAAAGAUUCUAGUUAAGUACUUAAACCUACUUUGGAAAGGUUAGAAAAUGAAGAGGAGAAUUUCCUUAAGGUUUGGAAUUUGAUUGUUUCAAUAUUAAAAAAUGUUUCUUCUCUUAUAAAGAAAGCUUUGUAAGAACCUUAGUUUAUUGAAUAUUUACCUAUUAUCUCUUAUAAUCUUUAGGAAUAGUAAAAUGAUUUGGAGAUGCUGAUAAACCAGAAGAAAGGUCAAUAGCAGAUCAAGAGAGCUUAAUCUCAUAUUAUAUAGACCAAAGUCAUUAGAAUUAACAAGAGACAUCAAACCGAUAAGAUUUGA